AUGGCGGCCUCUUGCGAAGACCUGGAGAGAGAGAACCAGUCGGUGCUCUUCCACUUCUGGGUGCUGCUCCUCUCCACAGCUCUGAUUGCCAGCUCUUUGUCCUUCUUCAUCGACGGCUUCACCUUCUUCCUCCGGCGCCUGCACCUCUCCUGGGCCUUGCCCUUGGAUGUGGCGCUGGCGCUGGCUGCACGGCUGGUGGCCAAGACCUGCGUGGAGGCCGAGGGCAGCGGAUACCCCGAGAUGAAGGCCAUGCUCUUCGGAAAGGUCCUCUUCAACUACCUCAGCUUGCGGGUCCUGCUGUGCAAAGCCGUCGCCCUGACGCUCGGGGUUGCCAGCGGUCUGCCGCUGGGCAAGGACGGCCCCAACGUGCACAUCGCAGCCUGCAUCGCCCACGCGCUGAGCCCGGGCUACUUCCACCACUUGCCCCAGGGCCACUGCGGCGGCAGCGGGGCGCGGGGCGCGGUGCCCAAGCUCCUGCUGGCCGCCUGCUCCGUGGGCCUCGGGGCGACGUUUUCUGCACCCAUCGGCGGGGUGAUCUUCGCCUUGGAGCUGAUGCUGCCCCAGAGCUACGACGCGCUGGCCUACUGGGGUUGUUUCACCGCAUCAGUGGUGGGUGCCAUCACCUACUCCGCCGAGCUGACAAUCAGCGCCAACAGCUGCGAGCUUCUGCCGCUGAUCAGCUCCAACGUGUUGCCCCACGAGGGCGCGGGGGAGUAUCCCAUUCUGCGGCUCCUGCUGGAUGUUGUGCUGGGGGCCUUGUGCGGCCUGGCCGCCGGGGCCUGGGUGAGCUGCCACUCCUAUGUCUCCGGCUGCUUCAAGCGCUGGCGCUCCACACGCCGCGGCACCCAGCAGAGCGUGGCACGCUUCUGCGACCUCUUCCUGGUGGCUGCGGUGACUGUGAUGAACAACCGCAUGGGCUACUGGCUGCCUUUGUUGGCGGAGCCUCAGCCUGUGCUCAUCUCCACCAUCUUUGACAAGACUUUGCUGGACGGCCCCGUGCUACCAGAGGCAGUUCCCGCGGCCACAGCCUCCGGCAAAUGGGCCCUGUGUCUGACCUUCAAGUGGUUCACCACCGUCGCCGCCCUGUCCUUGGCCCUGCCCGCGGGCGUGGUGGCGCCAUCUCUGGUCAUCGGCGGCCUGCUGGGCCGCCUCUUUGCGCAGCUGCUGCCGGAUUCCCUGGUGGAGUUUCUGCUCUACACGGGCACGCCCGUCACUGACCUACAGCGGGGGGCCUUCCUGGCGCGCCUGGCCAUGGUGGGCGCCGGCGCCUUCAGCGCCGCGGUCUGCCGCGCCCUGGCGCUGGCCGUGGUGGUCUUCGAGACCUUGGCAUUGCCCAACUCGGUGCUGCCUUUGAUUUGCUCCGCCCUCACGGCCAUUUUCGUCGCCAACCGGGUGGCCCUGUCCUUCUUCGACGCCUCUCUGUGGCCGUCACUGUCCAGCAUCCCAGCCAUCACCUACUCCUACAAGUCCCUAGUCCCGGCGGUCAAGGUGAUGCGCGUCCUGCGCCCCAUCGAAUGCUUGCCGCAGAUGGCCACCCGGAGCAAACUACUGCAGGCCUUGGCGACAGGGCGGAGGUACUUCCCCGUCCUCCGCUACUCCAACGGAGCGGCGAGCUCGGCGAGCGUCGGGUUCCUGCGGGGUACCGUGAGCCGGGAAAACCUGCUGCGGGUGCUUGAGCUCGAAGAUGGGCCCGACUCUGAGUGGGAUCUCUUGGCUUCGCGCUUCGUGGCUCCCGAAAACGGGGAGCCGCUGGUGGAGACCUGCCCCACCUGCGUCACGCCCUGCUCCACAGUGAAGGACGUGUUUCUCCUGCUGAAGUUGGUGGACAGCGAUGUUAUCUACGUGGCUGAUCGUGGCCAGCUUCUGGGGGCCAUUACCCUGGAGACCAUCUUGAGCGAGAUCUCUACCGAGAUCCGGGCGGCGGCAGACUUCCCCGAAGUCUUCUACUACGCUGAGGACUACCAUCAGCAGUAUCUGGCCAAGCCUGGCGCGCGGCCCUACUGCUCCGCCCAGCCCUUGCAGAUCCCUUUGCCGCCCUUCCGGCAGUGGGCCCCCGCGGCAUUGCGGGAGAAGUUCCGGCCCCGGCUUCCCGAGAGCUUCUGGCGGCGCCAUGGGCCCAAACCCCACAGCGUGGUGCGAGCGCCCCAUGCGCCCAUCGAGUGGCUGCGAGAGGAGUUGUGA